AGGGCAUGUAGGAAAUGCACACCAUAAUAGGGAAGAAGCGUGUUAGGAUGGGAGAGCUGUAGAUUGCAGAAACAUUCCUUCCUUGCGGAAUAGUGAAAGCGUGUUACCCAUACUGCCUCCACCUAUAUGGAAACCUGCGAACGUGCAGUACUGGCUUAAGGCAAAAGAACAAUGCUUUCAGCAGGUUCGCGGAGCUGGAGCCAGUCCCAGCAAAUAUAGUGCGCAAGGCAGGAUCAACCCCUGGAGAAGGCGCCAGACCAUAAAAGGAUGAACACACACAAUUUCGUCAGUUAAGAGUCGCCAAACCACCUAAACUGUUGGAAGAGAUUUCUACCUUCAAGGGAAGAAGGACUAAAUCAGCUGUGAUCCUUAAUACUGAACAAUGUUGGAAUCGAAUCUCCUUAAUUAUUCUUGCACUAUGCCUUCAUUACUAGAACUCCCUUAUUUCAAGUACUAAGAAACCACUAAGUUCUGUGCACAAUUUCCAUUUCUGUCUUUGCAGAGGUGAAAUAAUAUUAAGAAUACUUUCCAGGUUAUUAAAGAUGGAAGAGGCUUUUAAAAAAAUGCAAAUUCAAGUAGCAAAUACUCAGAGCACACAAGCAGAGCAGCAGGUGUUACUCAACCAAUUGCUGGUGGAACUGAGAAGAAUUCAAGCAGUGUUGCCCAAAGCACAUCCUCAAUCUACAGUACAGCCACCAUCAGGAAGAACAGAGACACUGGAACUUGACAUUAUUCAACCUUCACCUCUGCUUCAGAAGAUGACAGCUGGGGAGGAUUUUGAAGCCUAUUUACAGACAUUUGAGCAAAUUGCUACUCGGUCUGGCUGGCCAAGAUCACAGUGGAGCAAGAUACUGGGUCCAUUUCUGACUGGAGAGGCUCUAAAGGCAUAUAAUGAGCUGGAGAAUGAAAAAUACAAAGACUAUGAUAAAAUGAAAAAUGAAAUUCAGUCCAGAUUAAGAAUCUCUUAUGCCUUAAGUGGACAGAAGUUCAAUGAAUGGAAGUUUCAAGUUGGUAGUUCUCCAAGAAGCCAGCUGUUUGAUUUGUGGCAUACUGCCCGAAAAUGGCUAGAACCUGAAACUCUGGACAGGGCCCAAAUUGUGGAAAGAGUUGUCAUUAACCGCUUUAUUCAAGGACUCCCUGAAUCCUUGAGAGAGAAAUUUUCUGCUUUAGAUUAUUCUAGUCCAGGAGAGCUUCUUGCAAAAGUGGAGCAUACUGUAGCUUCUCAAGCCAUGAAAAAAGAUCUACAAGUAAAGAAGAGGAACACCAGCCCCAAAAGACUUCUGAGAUACAGUGGAAAGAUUGUGCCAAGAGCUGGAGUAUUUGACGAAAGGUUAAGGGUGUGUGAUGGUGGAAAACACAAAUUAAGUAUCCAAGAUCUAGAGAAAGAAUCAAAGUCAUCAAAUAGUACAGACUGUUGCUUCCGGUGUGGAGAAUAUGGACACAUUUCUCCCCACUGUCAGCUAUCUGAAGAAGAGAUGGACUGUAGCUUAGUAAAAAGGUUUAACACUUCUCUAGCAUAUGCACUAAGGAACAGUCAGCAAGAUAGACUGACAUCACCACGCGUUGUGACUGUCUCUUUAAGUGGAACUUUAACAGAGGCUUUAAUAGACACAGGGAAAGACCAUAAAAUAACCGAAAAAUCCUUCCUGCCACAGACAACUUAUCACAAACAGAAGCCUAACAGCUACAGAAACUCUGGCCUAUGACAAAAAAGACAAUGUACAAAGAUGGCAUUACUGCCAUCUUAUUUACAGAAUGAGGGAGGGAAUUCAGGAAGUACUUUGGCAUACAUAGCACCUAAGAUGAAUCUGCUUGAAUAGCAAGACAGAUAUAAUUCCAAUAAUCAUUCUUCUUACAGUUGCUAACACGACAGCUACAGUAUUUAACAGAAUGGUUAGAGUGAAACUAGCCUGAAUAAGGCAUUUUUAUUUAUUUAAUUAAUUAAUUCAUUUUUAUUGUUCAGAUUAAUUGUGCCAUGCUUAUGACAUGUAUUUAAACAUGGAACAGAAAAUAUGAAUUGGAGUACAUUAAUAAAAAUGUUUUUGUUUUUUAAUUGCAAAAUAUAAUCUUGUAAAACCUGUGUGAUAUCUGUCAUGCCUUAUGAAGUCAUUGCGACUGCUCCUCACUCAGACAUUAUAUACAUUACAAGUAGUAGGUGGAAAUGGCCACUGCUGGUAAUACAGUAAUUUUUCUGAUGUGCAGAAAAUAAACCUCGACUGGUCGGUUUGAGCUACAUCUGAAGGAAUUGUGACACCUUGAGCACUUGUGUUUACAUCAGAACACUAAGGCUUAUCUGUGGUGUGCAUUAUAAAACAGAUUUUGCUGUUUUUAUCAUUAGUAUUCUAAUUACCCUUCCUAACCUUGCAAGGCCAAUGAUUUUAUACCACUGGUGGACACUAAA